AAAUUUCAGGAUUGAUAAAUAUAAAAAGCAUAGGAUUUGAAAGAUUGGAAGGUUUGAAAAUUUAAGUCUAUAGACUUUCUGAACGCGGGGCCCACACAAAGUGCAUUAUUUGCCUGAUACUAGCGGCGGCACUGGAUAUUGGUUUUAAUUUGUUCAAGCAUUUGCUCGAUGAAGAUCUUGUUGAAAUAAAAAAGUCUUAUAUGACGUCACAAAUUGCGAAUAAAUCUGCUAUCUAAGUUCAGUCGAACGACUAAGGUCCUCUGGUUAGAGGAUCUCUUAUGUCUGAUUCUUUUACACAAUCGGUAAAUUAGUAAAUCAGGGCACGAAAUUUCAUACAAUGAUAGAUCUAUUCUUGUAUCUUAUCUAUGAUAAUAUAAACUCUUACAAGGUGGUUGGUCUAUAUUACACUUUGUCUAUGACACCGGAAUCAAAGAUAUCUGAAAACAUGAAUGAAACUUCCAGUGAAAGUAGUGGAAAACAGAAUUUCAAGGGAAAUAAUCCUUCAUCAAAUUUUCGUAGAAAACUGAAUUUAUUUGACACUACAAAAGAAGAACAUGUUGACCUACAUGCCGUGAAAGUAAGAGUUGAUAAAAUACAUGUGGAUGGGCUUGGUAGGACAAAGGAUGAUAUAAUAAAGUCACAAGUUACUGAACUAUUCAAAGCUAAGGAUUUUUACGAAGUUCUUUUACGUGCCUCCAGAGUUAAAGAAAAACUACGGUCUUUAGGAUGUUUCAAAAAUAUUGGAAUUUUCAUUGAUACCAGUCAAGGUCCUGAUGCUACCCCAGAAGGCGUUGAAGUCACCUUUUCUGUUCAUGAAAUGAGACGUCUGACAGGUGGGAUUAAUACCAUGGUUGGAAAUAAUGAAGGUUCCGUAAUUAUUCAAGCGAAAGCACCAAAUUUAUGUGGAAGAGGAGAACACUUGCAAAUGGAAUACUCUUAUGGUUCUAAAAGUUCCACCAAUAUAAGCGUAUCUCUUGUUAAACCAUUUGUAAAUAGUUGGCUUCAUACGGUAUUAACUACUAGUGUAUUCAACACAUUCAAUAGAUUUCCAUGGUCUGGUUUUAAUCAAUAUGAUAAAGGCCUUUUAUUAGACUUUGCACUUAAUCCAGAUGGUGCAGGUAUAUUGAAGCAUAAUUUACAGUAUGAAGCUAAUUAUAGAGAAAUUGUUUCUUCCAAACAAACAUCGUUUCGUGUUCGAGAGCAGUGCGGCCCAAAUUUAAAAUCCGCUUUGCGGCAUAUUUGCUGCAUCGAUAAAAGAGACUCAUUAUUAUUUCCAACUGCCGGUAGUUUUGUACAGUUUUCAACAGAAGUAGCUGGUCUUGGCGGUGAUAUUGGAUUCGUUAAAAACGAACUUAUCAUGCAAACUAAUUGGACACCACAUGAAUAUUUUACAUUUCAACUGGGUCUUCAAUCUGGAUUGCUCAGAGGAAUUAAUAAUGAAAUGAAAGUAAAUAUUGCUGAUCAAUUCUUUUUGGGUGGUCCAUUGAAUCUUAGAGGAUUUGAAAUGAGAGGUUGUGGACCACGAGACGAUGGUUAUUCAAUUGGAGGCGAUGCGUAUUGGGCUGUCGCACUUCACUUAUAUACACCACUUCCAUUUAGGCCUGGUCGUAAUGGAUUCGGUGACUUAUUCAAGUUACAUGGUUUUAUCAACGGUGGAAAUGUAUCGAAUUUUACAUUCAAAUUUGAUGACAAUUAUAAAGACAACAUGAAAAUUUUUACGGAGAAUGUUCGUUGUUCAGCGGGUGGGGGUAUUGCGAUGAAACUUGGAAAUAUAGCUAGAGUUGAAUUGAAUUUUAUUAUGCCAUUAUUAUUCCUUAGAAGUGACGUACUACGACAAUUCCAGUUUGGUAUCGGGGUGCAGUACUUGUAAACAAUUCAUAUUUCAAGAUAGUAAAUUAUACAUGUUCUGCUAUUUUUUAUGUAUUGUAUGCAUUUAAUGUAAAAUAAAUUACAAUUAUAAAUUUGUUACAUUCAUGGAAAUGUAUUAGAACAUUAAUUAGUUAAAGAAGUAUUUUUAAUAAUAGGUAAUUAGCAAUCGUAUAAAUUGUAUAUGGCACUGUAUGUACCUGUUGGGUAUAAAACUUGUUAUUAGAUUUGUUAACACUGUUUACAUCAAAUAAAUAUAUCUAGUUCAUAAUUUA